AUGCCAGAACUCCGUAACCAAUUGGAGAUUUGUCUCUACGCUCUUACUUUGCUGUCGUUGCUUCGCACUGCUCAUGCGAAAGAGCCUCCUCUGCUGCGUGACUGGACACGCGUGGAUGAUGAUGAACUUGAUGAGACACAUGAGGUUUUCGCAGCAGUACUGACGGACAACGAUGAUGUGGCUGUCUUGGUGGCGAGAUGUCUUUUGGAUUGUGACGCAGGCAAAUUUCGAUCUUUGAGCUCAUCCAUUGUUGUUCUACGUGACUCUUGGGAUCGAUUUCGGAGACGACAAGAUCCGUUGCCAGAUGUUGUCCUACAACGAACGCUUGCCUUGGAGCGCCGCAUGGCUCACAAUCGUUCUCCUGUCUCGCUAGAUGCCGUGUACAGGAGCUUGGAGAUGCUUCAUGCUGUGUCCCGUCCG